CUGCCUCUGCUGGGCUGCCAGCCGUGCUGCCAGCCAUACCGCAGCACCCACCACCCAACUCCGGCAUGUGGCUGCUGCUCCUUGUCCUGCUGCAGGCUGCGGUCCUGCCUGCCCAGCUCUGCGAAGCCCCAGGGGAGGCAGCGGCAGUGCGGGCGCUGAGCGCCCGGCUGUUGGGGCUGGCAGCGGACCUGGCGCGGGACCCCGACCCCAGCGUCUACCUGGCCCUUCGCCUGGCCAGCGACCACGACCUGCGUGGGGAGGAGCGGUACCUGGCACGGCUGCGGGAUGCCUUCCAGCACCGCUACGGCCGGAGCGCCGAGGCGCAGUGGCCGGAGACGGGGCGGCUGGCCCUGUACCUGCUGGGGCUGCGGGCCACUUGUCCCCUGCCAGAGCCCGGUCCCCAGCGCUCACUGGUGACAUGGCUGAAGUACUACCUGGAGGAAGACUGGGCAGGCUCCCGGAAGCACGGCCACCCUCUCACCAGUUACUACCAGUACAGCCUGGGCGUGCUGGCGCUCUGUGUCCACCGCAAGCGGGUGCGGGAGGAGGUGAUCCACCGGCUCCUGGCAGCCGAGCAGCAUGGCAGGUUCGGGCAUGCUGGUGGUAGCGCCGCGGACACGGAGGCGGUGGCGGCGCUGGCCUUUGCCUGCCUGGAGCGGGAGCGGCUGGUGGGGGCCAGGCUGGCAGCGCAGCUGCGGACGGCCACAAGUGGGGUGAGGAGGAGGAUGGUCGAGGCGCAGGGCCAGGACGGCUUCUUUGGCAACGUCUACAGCACCCCGUGGGCCAUGCAGGUCUUCAUCGCCACCAACACAUGUCGGACAGAGCCGGCGUACGACCGGGCCAUGGCUGCGCUGCUGGAGAACCUGGACGCCUUCACCACCACCGCGACCAUGGCCCAGGCACUGCCGGUGCUGCACGGCCGCUCUUACGUGGACAUCGCUUCCAUGCGCUGCCAGGAGGAGCCAGACACGCUGACGCCCAUCGGCCCUGAGCCGCCGCCCGAGAUGCUGGGGAACAUGACGGUGCGGCUGGUGGUGGAGUGCCCCAAGCUGUGGUGUCCCCAGCACCGGCUCUACGACCGGCCGGUGCUCGCGCCCGCUGGCGCCUCCCUCCUGGACGUGCUCAGGGCAGCCGCCGCGCAGGGACCCCACAACUUCACGUUUGACACCCAGGACACCCCCCAGGGUCCCUUUCUGAGCUGGGUGAUGGGGCUGGAGGCCCGGCAGCAGAAGCGGAGCUACUGGCAGCUCCUCACCGCCCCCAGCACCAGCCUGCAGAUGGGUGUCGCUGACUACAGACCUCAUGACGGGGAGACCCUCAUCCUGCGCCUGAGCGAGUGGUAGAGGGUGUGGGGGGGCUGAUGGCAAUGAAACGCCUGCCUUGGG